AUUCCCACAAACACACCAAAAAUAGUACAUCCCCAUAAACCCAACUUCUCACUUACACAAAAUGGUGUAAAUGCACACACAAUAACUCACCUCACCUCAUGGCCUCACCGGAAAACCACCAUCUCCUCCACCUUCUCCUUCCCCUCCUCCUCAUCCAUUAUCUCUCCUCCACCACCACCACCGCCGCCGCUUCCGAUCUCACAACCUUAAUCUACAAAGGCUGCGCAAACCAAAACUUCCAAGACCCAAUCGCCACCCAAAACCUCAAAUCCCUUUACACCACCCUCGUUUCCCAAUCCACCACCGCCACUUACUACAAAACCACCGCCGGAACAACCGACCAAUCCACCACCACCUCCAUCACCGGUCUCUACCAGUGCCGCGGCGACCUCUCCACCACCGACUGCAACACCUGCGUCCAAAAACUCCCCGACACCAUUCAAAGCGUCUGCCACAAAGACACCAUUGCGGCUCGAGCACAGCUUGUCGGGUGCUACAUGCGGUACGAGGUUGUCGGGUUCCAGCAGGCGCCGCCGACGGAAUUGUUGUAUAAAAAGUGUAGUUCGGGUCGGGUUGAUGGGUCCGGGUUUGAUGAGAGGUUAGAGGCGGCGUUGUCGUUGGUACCGAAAGGGGUUUCGAAUGGGAAGGGGUAUUAUGCUGGUGCGUAUCAGGGGGUUUACGUGUUGGGACAGUGUGAAGGUGAUUUGGGUGGUGGUGAGUGUGUGAACUGUGUGAAAAGUGCGGUGGAGAUUGGGAGGAGUGAGUGCCGGAGUUCUGUUUCCGGUCAUGUUUUUCUUCAGCAGUGUUAUGUUAGUUACACUUAUUAUCCCGAUGGAGUUCCCGGCACCGGAGACACCGGCGGCAGCGGUGGCGUUGGUGGUGUGGAAACAGGGGUGACGGAGAUACAGGGCGACAGUGGUGGUGGCAGAAACAACACGCAGAAAGUGGUGGCGAUUGUUUUCGGUGGGCUAGCGGCUCUGGGGCUGGUGGUUGCUUUCUUGUUGGUUCUCAAAUCAGCUUUCAAAAAGAAAAAAGAACACUAUUCCUAUGGUGGUUACUCAUGAAGAUGAAGAUCAAGGCACUGAAGAAUUGUAAAGUUAAAGAGAAGAUAAAGAGGGGUGCUUACUUUGCUUUUGAGAGGUGGUGGGUGGGUCUAGUAAGACUUGGAUACUUGGAUCUUCCUUCACUUGCAAGUUAAACUACUUUUAUUAGGCUUUGAUCAAUUAGUAAUAGUAAUUUAUGUACAUACACAUAUGCUAUAGCUAAUGACCUUGUUACGUGUAAACGGGAGGCUCGUAUAGAUAAUAUUCUCGCAUCAUAACCAUUAGCUACCGUUGUAUCUUGAUGUCAUGUGCGUAACCGGUCACAUUUUGGUAUUGUGGAUAGUUAAUUGAAUGAAGAAAUUAUAUAUUAGAGUAA